AUGCUGCGAGUGUCUCCAGAGCGAGGUCGAGGAGGAUCCGAGAGGAACCUUCAGACUCAGAGGAACCUUCAGACUCAGAGGAACCUUCAGACUCAGAGGAACCUUCAGACUCAGAGGAACCUUCAGACUCAGAGGAACCUUCAGACUCAGAGGAACCUUCAGACUCAGAGGAACCUUCAGACUCAGAGGAACCUUCAGACUCAGAGGAACCUUCAGACUCAGAGGAACCUUCAGACUCAGAGGAACCUUCAGACUCAGAGGAACCUUCAGACUCAGAGGAACCUUCAGACUCAGAGGAACCUUCAGACUCAGAGGAACCUUCAGACUCAGAGGAACCUUCAGACUGACGGACCACAGCCUCCAGCAGGUGAGAGACUUCGACUUUAG